AUGUUUUACGUGCAGACUCAUCUUGGUCACAUAUUGAAACCUGGGGAUCAAGCUUUAGGGUAUGAUGUUUAUGGAGAAAAUGUGAAUGAUAAUGAGAUGGAGAAGUAUCGUUUGAGUGUGAAGAAUGGUCUUCCUGAGGCGAUUCUGAUCAAGAAGUGUUAUGAUGAGCAGAGAGAGAGGAAGCAGAGGAAGACACGUACGUGGAAGAUUAAGUCGCUUCCGAUGGAGAUGGAUGAGUCAAGAGGAGGAAGGGGUGGUGAUCCGGAUAAGAUGAUUAUUAACUAA